GGCGCUGGCUGUGAGUGUGGAUGUUUCGUCGGUGCGCUUUUGACGUUGACGUCCGUCCAACUGUUGCUCAGCGCCGCUGGAUUAUUAACCAACUCCGAGAGGUUUCCCCAUGUCUCUGUAGAACAUGUUGUUCACUCCGACCGACUUCUCCGAGUGUCUGCGGGAAUGGGGCGAUUUAGAAAAGGACUACCAGCACAUCCAGGACACACAUCGUCUAUACAAACAGAAACUUGAGGAAGUGACCAAACUGCAAGACAGCUGCUCCGGUGCAAUCACACGUCAGAGGAAGAAACUCAAAGAGCUCACUUCGUCACUAGCAGAAUGCAAAGAAAAUCACCCAACACCCAAAUUAACUCCAGAAGACAUGGACGCCAUCACUGAAAUUGAAGACUCCAUCAAAGAGAGAGCCAAUGCUUUCUCUGAGAUGGAAGCUUUCCUGCCUAAGAAGAAUGGGUUAUACCUCACUCUUGUUUUAGGAAACGUCAACGUAACACUCCUCAACAAACAGUCCAAAUUUGCCUACAAAGAUGAAUAUGAAAAGUUCAAACUGGUCCUCACGGUCAUCCUCUUCGUCUUCUCCUUCACCUGUCGCUUUCUGUUCAGCUACAGAGCCCUCGAUGCCCUGUUCAACUUCCUGCUGGUGUGGUACUACUGCACCCUCACCAUCCGGGAGAGUAUCCUCAUCAACAACGGAUCAAGGAUCAAAGGUUGGUGGGUUUUUCAACACUAUUUGUCAACCUUCUUGUCUGGAGUCAUGCUCACCUGGCCUGAAGGUGCCCUCUACCAGAUGUUUAGAAACCAGUUCCUAACAUACUGUCUAUACCAAAUAGGCUUUGUCCAGUUCCUCCAGUACUACUACCAGAGCGGCUGCUUGUACAGACUCAGAGCGCUCGGAGAAAGACACAACAUGGACCUGACAGUCGAGGGUUUCCAGUCCUGGAUGUGGAGAGGCUUGACCUUCCUCCUUCCUUUUUUGUUCUUUGGUCAUUUCUGGCAACUCUACAACAGCAUAACACUGUUCAAGAUGUUCCAGCUCCCAGAGUGUAAAGAGUGGCAGGUUGCCAUGUGCGGCUGCUCUUACAUGGUGCUCUUCAUGGGAAACUUCUUCACCACACUGGGAGUCGUUUACCAGAAAUACAUGAACAACCAGGACAAACCCAAGAACGUAUGAAACUGAACCAAUGAACUGAACAGAAUCACCAAAGAAACUCCAAAAAAACAAAACAAAAAAGAUCCCACAACUCUAAUAUUAUCUUUAGAGCUCUUUCUCAAGAUUGUCGUCCUUGUGGACCAUUUACAUGUUUCGCUACUUUUAUCAGUGUUUUGUUGAUGUCAAGUCCUUUACAUUUCGUACUUGUGUAAACGGUGAUUAAAGCCGUGCGCUGUCGACUUUAUCAUGCUGGUUAAAAAAAAUCAACCAGGCAUCUUGUUGGUUUUACUUGUUGGUUACACUUAAAGGCUGUUUCUGUCUCAGUCAGAACUCUCUAUAAGGAAAGUGUUACUGAUUAAAGGCUGUGCUGUUUGCCUUGUAUUUAUUCAGGAAUAUCUAUAGUUUGUUACUCAGGAGCUGCUUUGUAUUUUAGCCUUACAGAAAGUGCUCUGCUGAAUAAAACACUCCUUCAAACUCC